AUGUUCCCUCCGCCGGCUGAUUUCGAUCCGGACGACGUCAUCGCAUUCAAUUCACUUUAUUUCACGGCAACUACCCUCUGCUUUCCGCUCAUUUCUUUGGGAGUCUACUUCUGGUUUUUCAGAAACGGAACGGUAAGCAUUACCGUAGUCAAACUUCCAAGAGCGUAAUGGGGCUAUUCAGCGUAUGUUUGUUUUCCGUUUUUUUCGUUUUUUUUACAUCGCUGAAUUGGAUUUUUUGACGUAAAAAAACGAAAAAAAAACGGAAAACAAUCAUUUUUUCACAGCCUGAAUAACCCCAUAAAGUUGUCAACUACAAAGAUUGAAGUUCGUAGUUAUCGGGUUAAUCAGGCUGUGAAAAAAAUGAUUGUUUUUCGUUUUUUUUUCGUUUUUUACGUCAAAAAAUCCAAUUCAGCGAUGUAAAAAAACGAAAAAAAAAACCGAAAACAAACAUACGCUGAAUAGCCCCAUUAGUACUAUAACUUUGUGAUUGAUAACCUUUUUCUAAAACAACCCUUGGAAGUUCUCUGCCAAAAUUGCAGAGUCAAAUUUUCCCCAAAUUCAUUCACUUCCACGUUCUCAUGUGGAUCUCUCUCAUCUGCAUCGUUUUCAUCGCCGUUUCCACUCUUCUCUCCACUCUUCUCUCCUUCUACGCACGAAUCGUUCUGGCGUUCACUGUCGGCUUUCUGGUGAUGAAUGGCCAAAUUUUGCUCACAGUCGCAUUUAUUCAAACUCUACUGCUAUUCACUAAAAUGCCCGAGAAAUUGGACAUUUUCGGAUUCGCAUUUGACAGGUUUGACUUUUUGAAUUACCCGCGCGCGCACAUUUAAAUCAUGGAUUUGCAUUUAGAAAACGAUUCAUCGGCUGUAUUUCCGCAGUGCUCUUUGUUCUUGAAUUCGCAUUUAUAGCUUAUACAGUCACUGCGAAUCUCUAUGUCCGAAUUGAUACAGUAAGAAUAAGCACAAUUUCAAAUGGUUUUUACAGAAUUCCAAUGAUUUCAGUGCAUUGCUGACAUUGAAACUAAACUAAUAUUAACAAUGAUUCUGACGAUUGGUGUCUUUUUCGGACGUCGCAAAUACCUGGGAAAGUGUUUGCAGCUCUCCGGAGACAAAAUUCCGUACCUCAUAAAUGGAGUGGUCAUUCUGACGGCCGCCCUGGUAAAUGAGAAAAAAGCGCGAGCGCCUUUAAAUUACUGUACUUACAGAUGUGUCAAUUCGUCAAUUGGAUUGUCGUCAACACCUCCUCAUUAAUGCUUCAUUAUUUCAUCAACUCUCAAACUGUAAUGCCGUUCGUUUGGCUCAUAUCGGCCUGGUUGACAAUGCAACCGAAGGUGCUCGCAGUGUUCAGAACUAAGGAAAACCCGGUGGAGCUCGAUCAAGUUGUUUUGGCCUAG